CUUCUCUUGCUUGGUUUGUCCUUCCAGAUCUAAUUGGCUUUACACAGGCAAUGCUCCUGAAGACUGUAUGAUAAUUCCUGGUGGCUGAAAGAGGAGGCACAUUGGAGCCUGUACAGAAAAGGAACAAGAACAAGAGGGCAAGAGCUUCCUACUGCCCCUCUGGCAGAGGUACGAAGUGCGUGGCCUAUCUGCAACGCAAGCAAAGGACUAGUUUUCAGAAAGUAAGCAAGACUGAGAGCCACCUCAAGGCACUUGGAACUCGAGAGGAAGAGGAGUGGUGCCAGCAUGGAUAAGGACAGCACAAACCUGGCUGACCAGCAGUAUGAAUAUGUGGCCGAGAUUGGGGAAGGGGCCUACGGAAAGGUGUUCAAAGCCCGAGACUUGAAGAACGGAGGUCGCUUUGUUGCGUUGAAGCGGGUACGGGUGCAGACCAGUGAGGAGGGAAUGCCACUGUCUACCAUCCGAGAGGUGGCGGUUUUGAGGCACCUGGAGACGUUCGAACACCCCAACGUGGUCAGAUUGUUUGAUGUGUGCACUGUGUCACGAACAGACAGAGAGACCAAGUUAACAUUAGUGUUUGAACAUGUGGAUCAAGACUUGACUACUUACUUGGAUAAAGUUCCAGAGCCUGGAGUGCCUACUGAAACUAUAAAGGAUAUGAUGCUUCAGCUGUUUCGGGGACUGGAUUUUCUGCAUUCUCAUCGUGUGGUGCAUCGGGACCUGAAACCUCAAAAUAUCCUUGUAACCAGCAAUGGGCAGAUAAAGUUAGCUGACUUUGGCCUUGCAAGAAUCUACAGUUUUCAAAUGGCUCUUACCUCAGUGGUUGUUACUUUGUGGUAUAGAGCUCCUGAAGUCUUGCUUCAGUCCAGUUAUGCAACGGCAGUUGAUCUUUGGAGUGUUGGCUGCAUAUUUGCAGAAAUGUUCCGUCGAAAACCACUCUUCCGUGGAAAUUCAGAUGUUGAUCAGCUAGGAAAAAUCUUUGAUGUAAUUGGACUCCCAGAAGAAGAGGACUGGCCUAAUGAUGUUGCCCUUCCAAGAAAUGCUUUUACUUCCAGACCUGCACAACCUAUUGAAAAAUUUGUACCAGAUAUUGAUGAACUAGGCAAAGACUUGCUUCUUAAAUGCUUAGCAUUCAAUCCAACCAAGAGAAUAUCUGCCUGUGUUGCCCUCUCUCACCCGUAUUUCCAUGAUCUGGAGAAAUUCAAGGAGAAUCUGGACUGUCACAUGUCAUCCAGCCAAAACUCCAGUGAGGUGAAUGCAUCAUAAGUGCUGACUGAAGAUGAACCAUAAAUGAACAAGACAUGUAGCUGACAAGGCCACUGUCCCAUACAAACCACAUAGCUGUUCUAGCGAAGAUCAUUAUUUGGAGGUUUUAUGCACUUAUCUUUUAUUUUGGGAUUGUGAUGUGCUUAUCCAUGGAAAUCAAUCUAGUUUACCUUUAUCAGAGCAAUGCAAGGGCCAGGGCUUUGGCCUGCUCCCAUUGUAGCUUUAUGUUUGUUUUGUUUUUGUCUUGUUUAUCUACCUGGGAAAACUCCAGACGAAGAGAAGCUGCUGACUGGUUUUGCCGCCGUUUUAUUCUUCUAAUAUUGAAUGCUGCCAGUGUGGAGUUUGAUGAUCAAGUCACUGCCAAAACAUGAUGCAAUCUCUCUCUCUCUCUAGCUGCUGAAGCAUGAUGUGGUACUUUUUUAUUAUUAUUUUUGAUCUCUUACAGUGAUACAGAAUGGCAUUGAAAUAUCAGAUCUCUGCAACCUGCAGUUAACUGAUACGUGUUAAUACAUCCAGCUACUGUUCAUUCAUAGCAUAUAUGCAGGUGCUUCCCCACUUGAAAACCUGGAUGAGUUAUUUUAUUGUUUCAUUGCUCUAUGAAUAUAACAGUGAUGAUGGUGAUCAUAAAAAAUGUACCAACUUUUAGGUUUUUUCAUGCACAAGCAAGUUAUUGUCUAGCUGUGUUUGUGUGCACAUUUCAAAAAACUGUCUUGUUCUUAAAAACUCCUUCAGUUUCCAAAUGGCUGGUUUGUGUUGAAAUGCAGGCACAUUCUAGCCCAUCAUCUAACCCAUCAUUUUCCCCUGGAAACAGCUGCAAGUAUAUUUUCCUUAUCUCAUUCGAAAUUUUUUGAUAUGCAGCUCAAAGACAUGAGCAGAGCCAAUGAAAAUCAAUACAGAUUUUCACCUUCAACCUGUUCUGAUUAGCAGCCAAAAAGGAAAAAAGAAAAAUAUUUCUGGUUCAGAAGCAGAGAAUCCUAUACCUGUAAUAAGCACAGAUAAGUAUUUGUGCUGCUGUAUGCUGUAUACUGCGCUGCCUUACCUGCAACACCCUCCCAUGCAUCACAAGUGCAUAACAUUACUGUCUCAAAAUCCCUCAGAUGUCACUUAUUAAACAGACUUGUUUUCUAUGCAGAAAUGUAUGACCUUCUCUCCUAAACCACCAUGUGGGUAUACUGGCACAUGCCUCUCCACUAGGGUUAAUGUGCUAUUAUUGAAUGUCAAAAUAACUAAGCAAUUCACAUCUUUAUAGCAGUUAUUUUAAAUAUUACAUGAGAAUUUUAUAUUUAGUAUUUUUACCUUAACUAAAAUAUAUUUUCAGUAUUCUGAAAGGAAACUUUUAUUUUUUUAAUACUGUACUGGGGAAAAUUAAAUAUUUUAAAUCCAUUAAAGCUGUUCCCUAGCAGUAAUUUAGUGCAUUUACCUGGAUAUGACUUGGGGGAAAAUAUUGGUCCAACAAGUAUAACUGAUGCUAAGUGAGGCAGCCAGCUUUGCUUACUCCUGUGACAGUCCCUUAGGCUUCUCUCUUCCUCAUUUCUAUUUGAUCUUGUCUAGGUAGUGAAGCAGCAUUAUAUCCUCAUCGACAGCAUGCUUGGCAGAAGCAGGUCCUUAGCAGUGAGUUGAGCAAUAUAAUUUUUCUAGUUGCGACAGAGGAACUUGUAGCCUUCUCCCUGGCAAGUCUCUCUUGUGAUAGACUGACUGAUGUGGCAAACUUCUCUGUUAACUCUGUUUCAGGUAUCUGCGCUGUCUGGGACAUGGUCCACUACCAGGAUCGUGAGUGGAUCUUACCUGUCUCUUGGAUAAAGCUUUUUGUUACUGUUAGACACAUAAGUAUGUGAUAUGGGGUUAUAUUAGGUCUGCUUUAGAGAAAACAGAUUUUAAAAGGACCACUUGCAUACUUGCAUGCAGUGGCCUGUGCUUUUCUUCAUGCCCAGAAUGAGCCUAUGCAAAACUUACCAGCAUGAACAGGCAAGUUGCAAAUUAGGCCUGGCAAGAGCAUGCACAAGGCAUCUGCACACAGAGAUAGCACAGAUGCAUAACACAAGAAUUUUGGAAGCUCUGUGAGCAGCCAGUUGAAAGCCAGGGAGUGGUCACAGCAGCUAACCCUCUAAUGCUGGCCUUCCCUUUGUCAUUCUCUCUGUUCCUACAUCCAAGGGGAACUGUAAACCCACUGUACUGGUGUUCUCCCAACUCCACUCCUCCGUGGGUCAAUGGACCCCAGCGUGACUGAUUUUUAGCAUUCAAAGAAAAGGAUGUGCCAGGAUGAAAUUUUUGCUAACAAUUUUUAAACACUAAUUAGAACAACAAACAGAGACAAAAUUCAGGAGACUCUUGCGACAGUAGCAAAUAGAAAAGUUUUCUACAGAGUUUAGCACUUUCAGAAACAUUCCACAUUUUACCUUGUGCUGAGUUGUCUAUCAUACAUACCUUAUCAGGGCAUUCAGCUGGUGUGGCUUCCCAGCAACUGUUCAGGGAACUCUCCCCAGAGCUCUCCACCGACUCAUAUGGGGUGAAAAUGUAGGGGAGAAGACAAUAUUUUCAAAUUAGGCUUAAAACUCUCAGAUAGAAAUGUACGUCUGUUCCAUGUAGGAAGAACUUGUUGUAUUAAGCUUAGCAAAGCAAAGGGUAGAAGAGAAUAUGAUUGCUGAAUGUAGAUACAUUAUUAGGGUAAAAAAAAAGGAGAGGAGAGAACACUUUAAGCCAAAGGUUAGUGUUGGCCCAAAAACUAAUGAAAAUGUGGAAAUCACAAGAAGUUAACUACUGGAGGAGUAUUUCCCAAGCAGUAGUAUCAGACAAAGAGCUCAGAGAGCAGCAGAGAAAAACGGAAGUUGGUUUAUGGAAUCAAAAGCAGAGCUUCUGCAACGUGGUGCUGUAUGUUGUCUAAUGUAGUAGGAUCAGGUUAUAAAUGAGGUAUUCAGGAGAACAGCUUGCAAAGGGCUACAUUAAUGGUCACAUUCUGGAACAUCCUUCCAGUGGAAAUGGAAGGAACAUAAACAAGAAAUCUAAGUUCUGUCUUGGCAGGGUUAGGGAAAAUAUUUCUCUAAUAGGGUCCUUAUGGUAGCGAGGGCCUGGAUUCAAAGGACCAAUAAUUUUUCAAAUUACCUCCUUUUCCAAAUCUCUAGGAAGAAAUUCCAUUUGACAUGCCAUAGGCUUACUCUUAUUCCAGUCUUCCCUGCCAAACUGUGGGGCUUCACUUACACUAGUAAAAUGAGAAAGCCUGUUCUCUGGCUGGGCAAAGCACUGUCAUUGGCUAAAAUCAUGCCAGGAGUCGUGUUUGUAAUUAAGCAGCACAGACAAUUGUGGGACUGUGCUCAAACCCAUGCCCUUGCUCUUCUUAUUUUACACUGGUAUAUCUCUAGUAUUUUAGUACCUUUACUCAUUACUGCUAUUAUGUGUAGGAUGUAGGAAUUGUAUAUGUGAAAAAGAAAGCGCUGUGAUGAAAACUCUUUGUACACCCUUUAAAUAAGAUUUCAGAGUGCAGUUCUUCUUAGUGAUAGCUAAGCCUGUAUGUGUUCUACAGGAGUGGUUCAACAGCAGCUAAAAAAUAGUGAAUAACAAAAGAUAUAUUAAAUAUAGCUCCUUGAGCACCCACAAGCAGACACUGUGCUCUUCUCAGCAGAGAACAGGGUGUUCUAAGUAAGGAAGGAGCAAUUUCUAUCUCCCACCAACCUUUUUUUUUUAAUCUGCAGAAAAAAAUCAACCAAAUAGCCAAGGGAAAAAAAAUCAUCAAAACCAGCUAGUUAAGUGCUAAUUGCUGCACCAUAGAAAUCCAUAUGGAGCAGCCCUUUUCUCUCUUCACCCUGUCCACACAGCCUUCCAGUUCUUUUCCUUCAACUUCCUUAUGGAAACAGGUUUCAGUUAUGCUCACAAGUGCUAUUUCCAACAAGGUUCUUCCAAAUUUUCAAUAGCUGCGCAGUGUCAAUGUCCCCUGUGUCAUCCCUAUUAUCAAGUGUUGCUUCUUCUAGUCCCGCAGCCUAGAACCAGUGAUUAGAAAAGAAUCUCUUUGUGCACCUCCUUGCUUAGCCUUAGUUUUGCAUACACCUGUGUUGCCUUCUGUGUGCCUAGUAAAAUUCUAAAAAUAGGGUUUGUGCAUAUUUCUGUGUAGGCUGUGCCCACACUCCAGGUUUUUUUCAGCCUAUUAGUCCACAUUGGUAAAUGUUUGAGUGUCUUUUCCUGUUGUUUCUGUCCUAAAACACAAAAAAAUGAGGAUGUCAUGUUUGCAAAGUAAUUGUUGGUUGUUUUGAUGAAUAAGAAGAAAAUAUUGUGCCAUGCUACUUUUCACAGGUUCACUCACUGUCUUUUGAGAAGUGUGUUUUAUAAUACAUGUUAUUCUCUCUGCUGUUAGGUAUUAGACCAACUUUAAUAUGGAAAAUAAAGAUAAAACGUUUGAUUCUG